GGAGGGUCGUUUUAAUAAUGGGGCCUGGGAGGAAGCAACAAAACAGCAUGGAUGCAUGGGGGGAUGGACUCAGUGGAGACUAUGUUCUCUGUUAUUUUUAAACAAUCCUCUGACAUUUUUCCAUCAUGUUUGAUGCAACAUGUUUGAUGCAACAUGUUUUUGAUGCAACAUAUAAAAAGAGGCCAGUCUGGAGUUGACACCAGGCAUGAUUUCUGGAGUCUUCUAGCACCAGAGACAGAAAGCAGACUCUGAGUCCGUUUCGACUCAUUUUGCAUUCAGCAAAUCCAAGAACCGCCUUCCUCUCCUUGGCUCCCUCCCUCCCUUCCUUUCUCCCUCCCUUCCUCCUCUGCUCCCUCCCUCCCUCGCUGCUGGCUGCCUCUCUCUCACACGCAGCCCGUCCUGUAGAUGGGACCAGCAGCCUGCAGAUCUCCAUGCAUGCCUGACCGCUAGUCCACUUCCUGGAUGGGAAGAAUGGGGACAUUUUCCAGCAGCACCACUUCUUUUUUCUUCUUCGCUAUUGUGCACACUGCCCUUCUUCGUCUCGCCGACCGACGCCGCGGAUAAUCACUUCAUAAUGACCACGUGUAAUCAAUAUUAUUCGACCACUUCUUUUCUUGUGUUGCUGUAGUUAAAAGACAGAUCGAUUGAUCGCCGAUGGUUGCCCCCCCUCCUCAUCCUCAUCCUCACUACGGGAAUGUCGCUAUCUGGAAGCCCGCUACAGGCACACGGUGGAGGAGUCCCGCACAUUGUGAACUGUUUGUUCGUGUCGUGUUAUUCCUCGGAGCUCCAGAAAGCAGCAGCAGCCUCUGCUCGGACUGGAGGCGAAUAGAUUUGUGUUUUUAAGAAGAGCAACUCCGCUAAAGCCGAGCCCGCUGAGCAGGACUUUGAUGCCUCCGUGGCUGCUGUGAGCAACUUCUGCUCCGUGUGUGAUUCAUUUUGUAAAAGAAGAGGACUGAAAAACUUUGUCACCCGUUGCCUUCCUUCUUGUUGCUCUCGAUGAGUAGAUGAGUAGUCUUCUAACAUGCGGAGAAUACGGGAACCGAGUUACUGGUGGAUUUUAUCCUUCAUGGUUUUAACCUUGCUGCCCGAACACAAAGACUGUCAUCCCGUUGCAUCGGGUGGCCAACCUCGCCAUGCUGGAGACGGGCACCAUGGGAGCACAGGCGUAAUGAGGGAGAGGAGGGCAGCCGGUGACCCCUACUGGUCCUAUACAGGAAGCCAUGGACCUCGAGGCUGGCCUUCCUCAUACCCAGAAUGUGCUGCGAAGAACCAAUCACCUGUGGACAUCAGAGAUGAACAUGCUUUGGUUUCGGAGGAGUACCAGGAGCUAGUGUUUGACAAGUUCAACGCCGAGUCCUCCAACCAGACCACCAUGAAAAACACUGGAAAGACAGUUGCUGUUCUACUGAAGGAUGACUACUUUGUAAGAGGCGCUGGACUGCCGGGGCGUUUUAAGGCUGAGAAGAUGGAGUUUCACUGGGGCCAUAGUAAUGGAUCAGCAGGCUCGGAGCACAGCGUAAAUGGCAGACGGUUUCCUGUAGAGAUGCAGAUCUACCUUUACAAUUCAGAUGACUUUGACAGCCUCAGCGCUGCCAUCAAGGAACGACGCAUCAUCGCUGCCAUGGCCGUCUUCUUUGAGCUGGGGCAAAAAGACAAUCCAGCUGUGGAUCCCAUCAUCCAGGGAUUGAAAGGAGUCGUGCAUCAUGAAAAAGAGACCAACCUCAGAUCGUUCAUCCUGAGGGAUCUGCUGCCGUCGUCAGUGGACAGUUAUUACCGAUACACCGGCUCUCUGACCACGCCGCCGUGCAUCAAGGUGGUGGAGUGGAUCAUCUUCUCCAGGCCUGUGUAUCUGUCCCGCUCACAGCUGGAGGCCUUCUACGCCAUCUUAACAACGGAGCAACAGGACCACGUCAAGUCUGUCGAGUACCUGUGGAACAACUUCCGGCCCCUGCAGGACCUGGACAAUAGGAAAGUCUUUAAGUCGGCCGUAAAAGAUGCAUGGCAGAGAGAUUUAACGGAAGUCCUGGGAAGCCCUCACAGCACUGAGGCUUCAAGGGUGUGCAGCAGUGCCCCAGUGAGCAUGAAGAUCAAGCCGCUGAACCAGACGGCAUUGAUGGUGAGCUGGGAGCGCCCUCUGACCGUCUACCACCCCCCCAUCACCGGUUACAUGGUCUCCUACAGCUGGGUGAAACGGGACGUCGCCGACGAAAAGACCUUCACCAAGACCGGGGACCAGAGCAUGAAAGCCGUCAUUACUAAUGUGUCCCCUGACGUCCUGUACCUGUUCAGAGUGCAGGCGGCGUGUCAGCAUGACCUACGCAGUGAUUUCAGUCAAACGCUGCUGUUCAGAGCUAAUACAACAAGAAUAUUUGAAGGCUCUCGUAUUGUGAAGACUGGGAUGCCCACGAUUUCCCCGGCGUCCUCGGCAGACAUGGCUCCCAUCAGCUCCGGUUCCUCCACUUGGACAUCCUCUGGCAUCCACUUCUCCAUUGUCUCCAUGGCAACGGGGAUGGGCCCCUCCUCCAGCGGCAGCCAGGCCACCGUGGCAUCGGUGGUGACGAGCACCUUGCUGGCGGGCUUGGGCGUGGGCGGAGGGGUCAUCUCUUCCUUGCCCAGCUCCGUUUGGCCCACACAGGCGCCCCAAGCCACGCAGAACCCCACCCGUCCGUCCGUCUCGCCCGCAAAGGCCAGCACCGAGCAGGCGCCGCACCAGGGCGCUGAGACGGACGCCCCGUCUGAGGACAAGCAGGCCGGGCGUGAUGGCGAGGAGGAGGAGGAGCAGGAGGGGGAGCGGGAAGGAGAGCAGGAGGAGGGAGAGGAUGAGAAGAAGAGAAAGAACAAGACUGCACCUGAUAAUGAGGAGAAGCAAGCCAACAGCACUGUGGCCAAAGAGCCUUUAAUCCCCACCCCCGCAUCCACAGCCAAAGAGAAAGGAGAAGGGAAGCCUACAGUCAAAGGCACCACGGUACCCGCGAGCACCGGUGACGAUGACUUGGUCAACGUGGAGAAGAAUCCCACAGAUGAAAACGCAGUCUCCACUCAGGAGCCUCGUAAUGACACCGCCGAGAUGCAGAUUCCCCAGAGCUCCACUCUGUCUCCAAAGAUCAGUAGCGAUGGCAAGAGUCUCUGGCCUUUCUCUGUCCACACUGACAGGACCGUCUUGUCCAACGUGACCCGGACCCCACAGCCGGGGAUGGGCAGGAUGGUUUGGAUCGUCCCCUUGGUGGUGGUGUCUGCCCUCACUCUGCUCUGCCUCAUAAUGCUGCUGAUUGUGAUGGUCUACUGGAGAAUGGCAAGCCUCUGCUCCCUCCUCUGCAUCAAGUACAGGAGAUUUUUCCAGACAGCUCACUUCUAUGUGGAGGAGAGCAGCUCUCCACGAGUGGUGGCCAAUGAGAAUAUACCGAUUAUCCCUAUACCAGACGACAUGGAGGCCAUCCCCGUCAAGCUGUUUAUUAAACACAUCAUGGAGCUCUACAAGAACAACCUGCAAGGUUUCUCUGAGGAGUUUGAGGAGGUCCAACGCUCCACAGCGGACCUGAAAAUCACUGCAGAGCACUCCAAUCAUCCCGACAACAAGCACAAAAACAGAUACAUCAACAUUGUGGCCUAUGACCACAGCAGGGUGAAAUUACGAGCGCUGGCGGGGAAAGAUGCCAAACACUCGGAUUACAUGAAUGCCAACUACGUGGAUGGCUACAACCGGCCCAGAGCUUACAUCGCUGCUCAGGGUCCUCUCAAGUCUACAUUCGAGGACUUUUGGAGGAUGGUGUGGGAGCAGAAUACGGGAAUGAUCAUCAUGAUCACCAACCUGGUGGAGAAAGGGAGAAGGAAAUGUGACCAGUACUGGCCGACAGAGAACAGCGAGCAGUACGGAAACGUCGUGGUGACGCUGAAAAGCACCAAAGUGCACGCCUGCUACACGCUGCGGCGUUUCCAUAUAAGGAACACUAAAGUUAAAAAGGGUCAGAAGGGGAACCCAAAAGGGAAGCUUAAUGAGCGCAUCGUGGUCCAGUAUCACUACACUCAGUGGCCUGACAUGGGAGUACCGGAGUACACCCUCCCCGUCCUCACCUUCAUCAACCGCUCGUCAGCGGCUCGCACUGCAGACAUGGGCCCCGUCCUGGUGCACUGCAGUGCAGGGGUUGGGCGCACAGGAACCUACAUUGUCAUUGACAGCAUGCUACAGCAGAUCAAGGACAAAAGCACAGUCAGCGUCCUGGAUUUUCUCAAACAUAUUCGCACACAACGCAACUACCUGGUUCAGACUGAGGAGCAGUAUGUUUUCAUCCACGAUGCUCUGAUGGAGACCAUCAUGAGUAGAGAUACAGAGGUGCCCGCCUGGCAGCUGCACAGUUAUGUCAACAGCAUCCUCACGCCCAAUUCGACAGGCCGCACGCUGCUGGAGAAGCAGUUCAGGCUGCUGACUCAAUGCAACGCGCGCUUUGUGGAGUGCUUUAGUGCGCACAAAGACUGCAACAAGGAGAAGAACCGCAAUUCCUCAGUGGUUCCCUCGGAGCGAGCAAGGGUCGGACUCACCACUCUGCCUGGAAUGAAAGGAACAGAUUACAUUAAUGCGUCCUACGUAAUGGGUUACUUCAGGAGUAAUGAAUUCAUCGUUACCCAGCAUCCUUUACCCCACACCACCACAGACUUCUGGAGGAUGAUUUGGGAUCAUAACGCUCAAAUUAUUGUCAUGUUGCCUGACAACCUGGGCCUGGCUGAGGAUGAAUUUGUUUAUUGGCCGAGUCGGGAGGAGGCCAUGAACUGCAUCGCCUUCACUGUCACACUCAUCAGUAAGGACAGACUGUGCCUCUCCAACGAGGAGCAGAUCAUCAUCCACGACUUCAUCUUAGAGGCCACACAGGACGACUACGUUCUGGAGGUGAGACAUUUUCAGUGCCCUAAAUGGCCCAACCCCGACGCUCCUCUCAGCAGCACCUUCGAGCUCAUCAGUGUCAUCAAGGAGGAGGCCAUGACUCGAGAUGGCCCCACCAUCGUGCACGAUGAGUAUGGAGCCGUGUCAGCGGGCAUGCUCUGCGCCCUCACCACACUGUCCCAGCAGCUGGAGAACGAGGGGGUCGUCGACAUCUAUCAGGUGGCUAAGAUGAUCAACCUCAUGAGGCCGGGAGUCUUCACUGAUAUAGAGCAGUACCAGUACCUUUACAAAGCCAUGCUCAGCCUGGUCAGUAACAGAGAGAGCGGCCUGAGCCCCUUGCACAUGGACACUAAUGGGGGGGUGGUGAUCGCAGACGAGUCGGACCCCGCAGAGAGCAUGGAGUCGCUCGUCUGAGGACGUUCUCACACAGGCACUUAAUUUGUAAAAACUCGAGAACUUUUCUGAGGCCUUUUUUGCCAGACUAUUGAUUAAAUGAAUAACCUUAUUACUUUUUAUACUGAUAAAAGUUUUUUGAUAUUUAUGUUUUUGUCCUUUAUUUCUCGUCUUAAAUGUUAUCCUGCUGAGCGUUUGCACCUGUUUAAGUUGACGUGAGGGGAGAAGCAGCUCUGUCCAGUUUGCACUAUACUAUCAGUGUUACUGCCUAAAUCCAGCGAGUGGAGACGUUUCACAGUUUAAAAUCCUGGCGUCACGAACACGACUGGAAUCUUUUGGACCGCAUUGAGACAAAACCUGAAGCAUGAAGACCAGGAUGAGUUGAAGCGAUCCACUUCCAAUAAUGUCUCGAAAGAAAAAAACAUCACAUCACAUCGUUGCCCGGCACGCAAUAUGUCACUUUGUCACCUCGAUCGAAACGAACUGCUUUGAGGGUCCGCUCCACCCGGGUGAAGAAGCUCUUUAUCACACGUUUAAGAGACUAUUACCUGCUUAAUAUUCAUAUAUCGUCCAAAUAUCUCACUGCUGUCUUGUAUAAUGUACUUAUGGCUUAUUUUGUUAUAAUGUGUUACGACAUCUAAUGUGAACAUGUAUUGCUUUUUACAGGGAUUUAUAUUGUUUUGUAAUAUAUAUAUAAUAUAUCCUUAAUAGCCAGCCGAUGUUUUCUCUUCUUUUUUUUAGUGCUUUUGCCUAAUUGUCCACUGGCCUUGGUGUAGAUUCAUGUUUUUUGAGAUUGUCAUGUGAAUCUACAAAGCUCCAUUUUAUUUUUCAUAAUUGUUUUUUCCAGCUUCUCUAACCUCAACUGUCAAAGCUCAGCUGUUAACAUGUGUAAUGGGUAUCCGUAUUGACACAGUACAAUGUCUACUACAAGUAUUCACCCCACACAAAUGUUCCAUGUUUUAUUCUUUUACUACAUUAAAUCACAGUGGAUGUAAUUAUGAUUUAUUUUUUGAUGCUGAUCAAUAGAAGAAUGUUAAAGAAACGAAAAGAAAUCGGUCUAAAUUCAAAAAUAGAAAAACACAAAAAUUGAUUGCACAACUAUUCACCCCCUUCAAGACAAUAUUUAGUUAAAAAAAAACACACCUUUGGCAGAAUUGACGGUGAGUUUAUGUGGAUAACUUGGUACAUCUGGACACGUUUUGCCCUGUCAAACUCAGUUUAAUGAGGACUUUCAUGUCCUGCCACUAAUUCUGGACUGAUUCGAGGUCUUAGACUCUGACUCGGCCACUCAACGACAUCAUCAUUGUUCUUUUUAAAGACAUUCCUGUGUAGCUGUGGCUUUUGUAUUUGAUGAAAAAACUAUAUUUUGCAGUCCUCUCACAUAGAGAACUGGAGUUUCCUCCAGGAUUUCUUUAUAUUUUACUGCAUUUGUUUUACUCUCUACCUUCACAAGCCUUGAGGGGGGCCUGUUGCAGAGAGUUAUAUCCUCACCAGGCCUCAUGAUGAGCAUGGUGUGUUUCAGCAGAUGUGCCGUGUUUGGUUUUACACUCCUCUCGUGAGCCCUUCGCGGUCUCACUAGUGAGCGCUUCUUCUCAACACUCAGUUUUUGAGGAUGAGUUUUAGAGCUGUGCCAUACUCCUUCAAUUUUUUUAUAAUCGUAUUAGGGAUAUCCAGUGCCUUGGAAAUGUUCGUAUGUCCCCCGAUUUAGUAUUUUUUAAGUAAACUCACAGAUUUGUUUGGAGUAUUUUGUUUGUUUUCAUGGUGGUAAAUUGACUAAAUAGCUGUUGGAUCCGGGUAUAUUAAAGAACUUGUCACACCUUGAUAACACACAGGUGAUCUCCAUUCAACUUGUAAAAAAAUGGCGGUACCAGUGAUGAUUUGGAUCUCAUAGUGAAGGGAUGAAUAUAUGUGCAAGCAGUUGAUUUAUUAUACGUCUUACUUAGUUCGCAGCUCAAUUGAGCCUUUUUCUUUUGAUCAGUGUUAAAAAAAAAAUCUUAAUUCCAUCCACUGUGAUUCAAAAGUUGUAAAUAAAUCAAACAUGAAAAGAUCCAAAGGAGGUGAAUACUUUCUAAUAGGCACUGUAGCUUCUUGUUAGUGGGGGGGGGGCGGGGGUGAUGCUUUAUUUGUAACCAAAGAUGUGGUUCCAGUUUGCAACAUGUAAGUGGUUUUGUCCUGAGAUCUAUUUAAUCAACUCGAAUUUAAAAUCCAAAUUGUUGAAUAUUGCAGUGCAGAUUACCAGAUGGUUGUCAAGAGGUGUGAACUGAACAAGAGUUAAAGCAUGUUUCUGUUCCAGCCUCAGGAUCUCACCUUCCAGUAAAAGAAUCAGAGAACAGGAUUUUAAAUUCAGACUGUAAAAUAUAUUUUAUUUCGGGCUGAUAUUCUGUCUCUCAGCACUAUUUUGUGACUAUUAAUUAUAAGCCCUUUUCAACCCUGAACAUCCCUUCUGUCUUGAUUGAUUUAUGUGUAUCCUCAUACUCUUAUGAUGUACCCUCUGAUGAAAACUUUUUUUCCUUUCUGUGAACACCCACUUCUCUGACAAAGGGGAGUUUGCUAAAUUCAGUGAAAACUCUCCAACAUUUGGAGAACGGUCCAGAUUGCUGAUCACUUCGCUCUUCGCAACAAAACAGCUGUUAAGGGUUUUUCUUUUUGUAUGAAUGCCAACGAACGGUCCUUUCUGUUUGAUAUUUCUACGCUCGUUGAGUACUGUGGCUGCGCACAUUUACUUCAAAAAAUCAAAUGUCUUUAAUGUAAUCUUUGUGAUGAUCAUAGAAGUUUAUAUUUUCAUACAAAGAUUUGGUUUGUAUGGUGGCCCUGUAACAGAUUGUACUUUUGUGGGAAGUUUAUUAUCCACAGCAAAAAUCCCCACAGUCAUGCCUGCCCCUCUGAGGACCAAUGCUGAUAUUUAAACCAGAUAUUUCCUGACAUUUGCUCAGCGGUCCAGGGAUCCAGUGUGUUAGCCUCAGUGCAUUUCCGCCAGGUUGGUAGUGAAGUCUAUUUUGUAACUUAAAAUAAAUAAUACAAUGGUUUUGUCCAUCAUAUCACGUGUUUAUAUGAUAGUAUCAUAGUCAUAUAUUCCUAUGAUGCUGUCAUAUAUCCUAUUCUAGUGUAAUCGUGUUAUUUAAUAGGUAAAAUUGUAUUGCUAUUCAUGAAAUAAAGUUUGGGUUUGGGUGCACAGCAUCCUUGUAUUACAUGGAA